AUGAUUGACCACAUUCGCCGUCAUGAGAGUUCUUCUCCAUCGUUGUCCACUAGCUUCUCGGUUUCCGAACAUUCCAAUGUUCGAUCAGUCUCUCCCUCACGACACUAUGAGGAUAGUCUCCGAACGUCUCCUCGUCAAGAUCCACCACAAGACGCACGACAAAAUGCGCAGAAAAAUGCUAGUGUCCCUCCUCGCUCUGAUGGUGUCCAGGCACAGCAACAGCUGCACAAUGAGAAUCGCCCCGAGCUUGUCUCUGAUUCUGGAUUGAGAUUGAUCGAUCCCGAGCAGCACCAGCGCUUUAGUGGACGUGCUCACAGUUCCACGUCCGAACCGAGGAAGUCUUUCCGAAAAACACGGUCCGCCGGAGCAAUUGAAGUCCAUAAUGGCAUUGCAUCAGGCGAGUAUGGCAAGGGGAGUUUCGAUGAUAAGCUCAAAACUCGGGUCCAACCACGGCGUCCACCAGUCAAUCUUCGUCAACGCAAUCUUCUACGGACUGGACAACGAUGUUUCCAGCAUAUUGACGAUCGUCAAAAGCCUCUCCGCACCCAAGACAACAACCAGCCUACCUUGCUACCUGCUCGUGCUACUAACAGCCGGCCCAUUGCUCGCCAAGCGAACAGCCGUGACAAUGUCCAGUACCCAGGGCUUGUCGAUGAAAUCAAUUUUCCCGCGCUUCCUAGUUCGUCAUCAGUGACUUCAAACAGUUCUCAUGCUCAGAGAAACGCUCAUGGUAAGCGUCGAAGUUCGUCGCUUGCCAAUAAAACCGAGUCAUCUCAGCUGCUGGGUGACGCAGAAGCAACUCCGGACUAUUCCCAGGCAAUUGGUCAUACCCACCGCCAACACUCAGCGCCUGUUAAUGAAGCGCCGCGUGGUGUAGCAACGAGUUUCAACCACGCCCAGUCAAAUGAGCAUGGUCCUCAUCAGCAUGCAGGGCGUCCCAAUAGACUUAAUCUCGCAUUGCCGCUGCGUCCUGCAACAGCAGCUUCAUCCAGUCCCAAUGUCCAGAAAAAUCACGCACAGACAAAUCGUGCCCGAAAAAAUCGAGGCCGAGUGAAUUAUGCCCGAAAAGAUCAUUCCAGACCAAACAAUGCCGAGGUAAAUCGUCGUGGUCACGGCCAAAACCCAGUGCGCGCCAACAGAAAUGAUUUGCGUGCUACAAUGGCGGCUCAAAAUGGUGUUUAUGCCCAGGCAAAUCGACAUGGUCAUCGUCAAGACCCAGCGCGUGCCAAUGAGAUGUUCCCUUUAGGGCUGCCACAUCAUGUGGCAGCAAGUCUCCUAGCAAACAAUCAAAGUCAUCUGCCACCUACAGUGUCUGUCAACAGAAUCUACCUUCCUGAGCCACCUCAUAUUGCAACGGCAGCUCGCAAUACUUUCAACACACUGAUAAACAACUCUGCCCAUCCUCAGUACCCACUGCCUUUUAAUGGGAGUUACUUUCCUGAAUCACUUCGAUAUGAAACAACAAUGUCCGACAAUUCUCAGACCCCGCAGGGCAACAAUCAUUAUCGCCAACGCGUCGAGCAGGCUCAGACCAUUAACCAUCCGGAGCUCCUGGCUGCCCAGUCAUCUCUUGGCCACCAACCUCCACCUGAGCUCAUUGGAAACGAGAUUUUACAGCAUCGGGACUUUCCUCAGGCUUUUCUUCAAAUGGAUCUACCACCUGUUCAUUUAGGCGAUGCCCACCAUUACCCUUCUAGGUUGAAUGGAUAUGAGCAUCAACAACGCCAAACGCGUGCUCAGGCCUUCGGUCACGAGAACCUUCCACCUGAUGAAUCGCCUUACCCACAUCACCUUCCUCCUGGGCUGGCAGAAAAUCAAAACAGACAACACCAAAGGCUUGAUAGGGCUUUGAAUCCCCAGGACUUCCCACAUGCUGUAUUGCGUCAUAAUCCUGAUCUUCAUGGACCUCCUGGACGGCAUGAAUCAGCUGCACGGAGUGGGCAUGGGGAUCAACGACGCCAAAGACACAUUCAGGCUCUCAACCAUGAGGAGCUUCUGGCUGCCGAAUUGUCUCAAGCCCACCAUCCUCCAACCAAGCGGCAUGGAACAGCUGCAUGGAACGAGGUUGAGAAUCAACAACCCCAGAGACAUGUUCAGGCUUUCAAUCAUCAGGAACUGCCACCUGCCGAGUUUCCUCGUGUUCAAAAGCCUUCUCGUGAGGGCCACAGGGCCCAUGAGGACUUCCUGACUACUGGAUGGUAUCACGAUCACCACCCUCCUCAAAGAUGGAAUGAGCCCACUGAAUGGCAGAGGCCAGCUGCAUGGGAUGAGCAUGGCAACCAUCAACGUCAAAUGCACGUCCAUACUUUCGAUCACGAGAAGUUACCACCUGCUGAAUUGUCUCAUGUCCAUCACCUCCGCCACCCUCCUCCAGGGCUGAAUGGGCCUCCCGAAUGGCGUGGACCUUCUGAAUGGUAUGAACCAGCUGGAUGGAACGAGCAUGAGGGCCGACAACACCAAACACAUUUUCAGGCUUUCGGUCGUCAGGAGUCACUACCUGCUGCACUGCCUCGUACAGACCACCGGUCUUCCCCUUGGCUGAACGGUCCUCCUGAGUGGCCUGAGCCAGUUGCAUUGAACGAGAAUAGGAACCGACAAAGUCAAAGACAUGCUCAGCUUCUGAGUCCCCGGGAGUCACGACCUUCUGAAUUGCCUCAUGUCUAUCACCCUCUUCCCGAGCGGCAGGAGCCUUCUGUAUGGAAUGGAAUUGAAGGUCAACAACGUCAAGACCAUGCCCAGGCUGUCAAUGACCAAGAGCUACCAUCGACUCAAUGGCCUCAUGACCGUCAGCCUUCGCCUGCAUGGAACGAACACGGGUAUCACUCACAACCACGGCAAGCGCGUACUGUCACUUAUCCGGAGCUGCCAUCUACCGAAGUGCCUCAUGUCCGUCGCCCUCCUCCCCUGUGGAACGGUCGUGAUUAUGGUCUGCUUCCACUACGACCUCAGCGGCAGGCACUCACCUUGGAUAGUCCGAAAGUACGGCGGGCUUUCGAGAACGCACCUGGUGGGCCAAAUCCCGAUGGGAUCGUUCCACCUUCUCGCUUUGCCGGACCACUUCUCUUGGGGGCAGACAACAUCUUCAGUGUGCGGCCAACGUACCAGCUACCGCCGCAAGCUGCGUAUGACUUUGCCUCUGGUGUCCCGCGCGGGUCCGUUCCUCCUGUGCCCGAGCCCGAAAUCCCGUCCUUUAGUGAGAUGUACUGGGGCGGGAAUGCUCCAGUCGGCGGCUCGUCCUUGAGAGCUUCCACCCGCCCCCCCAACACGUCCCCGCUGCUAGACGCAGACGAUGUUGACACCCGGGAUGAGCGGCAAAGCCACCCUCGGAAUCGACGGCCAAGAGGAUCGAACCUCAUCUCCCCGACCUCUCAUAUCCGACUGAGUGGCGAAGAAAGUUGUGACGAGCGAGCGGAACGACCAUCUCACCAGUCAUUGACUCCCAGCUCUCAAGUGAGGCCUCGUCUCCGGUGGGACCCUAUUAAUGGUCUCCAGUACCCUGUGUACUCUGAGAAUACCAGUACGCAGGCUCUACGACAGGGAAGCUCCCCUACCCCCGCAGAGGCGCCUGAUGAGAGCCUUUGCAAUUCAUAUUCCUCGAACUUGACCGACUGGCGUACUAGUUCUGCAGGAAGCUCGGCUGGGAGCGAUGUCUUUGUCUCGCCAUUACAGGAGGGCCCUUGA